AUGUUUAACAAAAAAUCUUCAACGACUACAUCUGACAAGAAAAAACCUUCAGAACGUAUUAAAAAAACUAUCAAAUCGAUUGUAAAGUCAAAUGAUACAAAAAAAAAUGAUAGUAAAAAAAAUGCUACGGAUACUAAAAAUAAAAAUUCACCUGUAUUAAAUACUAAUAAACAAUCAGAAGCGAAAUCUGAUGUUAAGAUAUUUGAUAUUGAUCAAAAAAUAUUACCUAAACAAAAUGAUUCAAAUGAAUCUGAUGAAAAAAAAAUUACCAAAGACAAACCUUUAGUCAAUAAACCUUUAGUCAAUAAACCUUUAGUUAAUAAACCUUUGGAUGAUUCUAAAAAAUCUUUAAAGAAAUCAUCGAAAACUGAAGAAUCUAAAAAUAAUUCUAAUUCAAUUAAACCUACUUCCAUUAAAAAACGUCCUUCUGUAGCAUCCAUUUCAUCUGUUACUUCAAAUGUUGAAACUAAAAACAAUAUCACUGAUAGUAAACGUCGCAUGUCUUCAGCCGUACGUUCAGAGACAUCGCGACCAUCAACACCAGAUAUCAUUAAAAAACAAUCUUCAAAAAUAAGUCUAAAUCCUUCACGACCAACUACUCCUUCACGACCGACUACUCCUUCACGACCAACUACUCCUUCACGACCAAUUAUACCUUCACGACCAACUAUACCUUCACGACCAACUACUCCAGACCCUACAAGACGCCCAACUAGUCGUUUAACAACACAUGAAAAUUCAAUCACUUUGACGCCAGACGCUACAAGACGAGUAUCUUCUCGUCCUACAUCGUCUGAACUCUCCAAAACUGCAAAAAGACCAACAUCAAUGAUAUCAAGCACGAAUUCAAGACCUGCAUCACCAGAAUUCACAAAAACUGCUAAAAGACCUACCUCCGUUAUAUCUCAGCCAUCAAUACCUGAAAUUAAAGCGAAACAAAGCCCUAAGAAACGAAGUGUUUCUGUCUUGUCAACAAAGUCUUCAAGACCACCCUCACCAGAAAUUACCAAACUACCUGAACCUCCAUUAAUACCAGGAACGGUCAGAAAACCGAAUACCUCUUCUAAACCUUCAAGACCAUCCACUCCCGAAGUAACAAAAUCAUCAACGAUUGAGACUAUAAGAAAACGUAGUGUUUCAAGUGUUUCAAGACCAUCCACUCCCGAAGUAAACAAACCAUCAACAAUUGAAACUAUAAGAAAACGUAGUGUUUCAAGUGUUUCAAGACCAUCCACUCCCGAAAUAACAAAACCACCAACGAUUGAGACUAUAAGAAAACGUAGUGUUUCAAGUGUUCCAAGGCUAUCCACACCAAUCAAUCUUGAAAUUAAAAAAUUACCAGAGAUAACUGGGCAUCAACGUUCAAAUUCUAGUGCACAAAUCUCAUUUUCUACCACAUUUUAUCCAACAUCUAAUAAUUUAACAUUAGAUCCCCAAGUUAAAAUAAAUAGGCGAACAUCAUUCACAUCAUCAAUAACAUCACUUAUAUCUGAUGAUAAUUAUUUCCCAAGAUCUACAACACCAACUUCUGAUACUUCAGCGGAAAGUAAUGAUAGUUGUAAUGAUUUUGAAUUUAAGAACAUAUCAUUAUCAAAUGAAGUCAUUAAUAAUAGUGUUUUUGAGGCAAAUCAUAAUGUUCUUGAGGCAAAUCAUGAUGUUCUUGAGGCAAAUCAUAAUGUUCUUGAGGCAAAUCAUAAUGUGCUUGAGGCAAAUAAUAAUGUUCUUAAGGAAAAUAAUAACGUUCUUGAGAGAACAAAUAAUGAACAAUUAUUUAUGGAGAAAUGGUUAGAGAAUAAUAACCUAACAUCAAAUACGAUACAAGAUAAUGAUAAGAAAUCCACGGAAAUUAAUAUUCCCAUGAAUCAAGAUAUCCAAUCACAUAAAAGUGAUUUAGUAGUAUCUGAUUCUGAACAUGAUGUUGCAAUUUGUGUUUCGACGUUAAAAUCAUUAGAUAAUCCAACAGUCAUAGAAACCUCUAUAGAGAAUACAGAGAUAUCAAAUAAUAAUAUAUGCAAUAAAUCAGCAGAUAUACAAGAUAAACAAGAUAAUUCAAAUCUGAAUAUAAAAGAAUCUAUAGAGAUUUUAGAUGAAUCUUCUGAAGAAUUUAAAGCCGAAACGAAAAUAAAUGCAGUCGAAUUAGUAAAUAAUAUGAUGAUGAAAAUAAAAACAAUUAAGAAUGUUAUCGAUAUUAACGGAGAUAAGUUACCAGCCAUAAUAGAGCAAGAUCUUGAUCUAACCAAUCUACAUGAUUAUAUGCCAACUGUUGAAAUCGAAACGAAAGAAUUGUCACGCAUGACAUCAGAUGUGACAUCAGACGCGACAUCAGACGCGACAUCAGACGUGACAUUAGAUAUGACAUCAUAUAUGACAUCAGAUAUUAUAUCAGAUAACAAGAGACAUGAUUUACAGUAUUUGAAAGAAUCUACGGAUAAAUUGAUGAUGGAUUGUGAAAAGACACGUGCCAUAGAUAUAAAAGAUUGUGCCAAUAAUAAUACUUUGAAGGAUAAUUUAUGUGCAAUGCAAAAUAAUAUAAAUUUAAAUGAUAUUAAUAGUAUUCUUUAUCUUUCCACCUCGCCCGCUAUUAUCGAACAUCGGACAAUAUCGGUAUGUGCAGAACCAUACAAAAAAUAUGUAGGGUCAUAUGGUACAACACCGCAGGAUUUUAUACCAUUUUCAAGUUACGAAACGCAAGAUAUUGUGACGUGCGUUGAUGAAAAAAAAUUCGAAGAAAUUAUGCGACAAAAUGUUUUGAGAUCUCCGGAAAUAGCAUACAAAAAACAUACAGCUACGGAUAUAAUAAAAGAACCCAAUAUAAAUACAGAAUAUCUUUUAAAUUCUGUUGAUUCAAUACCAAAAUUAAUUACUACACAAGAAGAAGAAAUAGUAAUUUAUCCAUCGUUAUCUGAUAAUAUUAUUACAAAAGAAGAACAACAAUGUAAGACUAAAAACUAG